AUGGCCCGGAGCGUCUCGGGUCGGGUGACGGGUCCGGGGUCCCGGGUCCGGGUCCGGGGCGGUGGAUCGGGCGGCGGGGUGGGCGGCGGCAUCGCUCGCUCGCUCGCGCCGGCGGAGACGGGCCGAGGCUCGGGUCCGGGCGGUCAGCGGUCCGGCCGGGCGGGAGGAGCCGGCGACGAGGAGCGGGAGGGCAACCAAGAGGAGAGAUCUUUGGAGAUCUUUGACUCAAAAUGCUCCGAUGCAGAUAACGUCUAUGUUGAAAAACUUCCAAUACCUGCAGAAGAGCAGAAUACUCAGACCUCUUUCAUUGGCAUAACAGGAAUGCCCCAUUGGAGCCUAAGCCUAAGGCACACUACCAGCAGCCCUAGGCAAAUCAUCUGGGAACAGUCUGGAUGUGAAGGGAAAAUGUCUUUUAAAAAUAGGCAGCCAGUGUUGAUUUAUUUGCUACGUAUUAACUUACACUGACAUGGAACCUGGAAUUGGAGCUCAUGCCAUGGUUAUGUUCCCACGGAAGCCAAAGUCACACAGGCACUGUGAGAAACACUGCUGAACUGUCUAUCAGCAAGGCCCUGUGAGGACUCCUGUGUUUGGUGAUGGCUGGAAUCUCCUCCACGUACAGUUACAACAGAAAGUUCUUCAAAUGAAACAAUCUGAUGCCUGACACUUUCAGUACAGGACUGAAAACAGAGUGGUUUCCUCUCAUCCUAUCAAUCCCAAAUCUCACUCAUCUGCAUAAUGGUGGAAGAAGUUUCCUCCAGUUUCUGCCAAGACACAGAGUCUAUUAGUGCUAUUUAGCACAACCAACCCCACUGGAAGAAAAUGUAGUCAUUUCUUUCUCUAAUACACUCUUUUCAUGUGGCCAUGAUGUAUUACAAUUACACAUACUUUAGAAAUUGUAUCAACAUGCCUUUAUUUCAUUCCACCUCAGUCUUUUGGAAGAAAGAAGCAUAAAGUGGUAAUGCAAGGCUUAAAAUACAAAGCAAGGGUAAAGUAUGGUUUUUUUAAUGUAUGUUAUAUGUUUUUUGUUAUGUUUCAGGUAUAUAGCUCUUUAAUUAACCACAAUAAAGUUUACUUUACAAAAUGAAGAACUAUUAAAAAAAAAAUAUGGUGGCACAAGCCUUUAAUCCCAGCACUCAGGAGGCAGAGUUGAAAGGAUACCUGUGAGUUCAAGGCCAGCCUAAGACUACAUAGUAAAUAUUUA